CUUUCCCUUUCGUCAUCGGCCCCAACUCAUGGCCUAUUCCUGAUUAUCAUAUCAGAGCUUAACUUCGUUUGCAUGGCUCACCCUGUCAGGUGACCACGUCUAUAUAGGCAGCUAGCUAUCUUUCCCAUCCUCUCCUUCUCGAGCCAUUUCCAUUAUUCAAUUUCAUCAAACACGAAAAUGACACCUUCACUCGUUGAUACUGGUCUUCAGGAGCAUUUCAACGACUGGCCAAAUGAAAUCGGGUUUGACGCAAACCAUGAAGAGCGGACUCCUGUUGAGCUUCAUGUCAGUGGCUGCUUUCCGGCAUACACGGCCGGUAUCCUCUAUCGUACAGGACCGGGAAGGUCGUCUGUUGAUACAGACCAAGGAGACACAUUUACAGUAUCCCACUGGUUCGACGGAUUCAGUCAGACUCAUAGAUUUCAAAUCCUGGUUGAAGAUGGCCAUUCCAACUCUGCACGGGUGUUGUUCAACUCACGCUUUUCCACAGACCAUCUGAUCGAGGAAGUUCGACGGUCGGGGUCGAUGGAAAAGCUCAGCUUCGCGCAGAAUCAAGACCCAUGCAAGACUAUUUUCCAGAAGGCUCAAACCACUUAUGAGCCAAGUGACCCUUCAAUGCAGAAUAUCGGGGUAACUCUGUCGGUCAACAUGCCGGGUCUUGAUGGACCCUAUACUCAGCCGAAUGGAGAGGUUCGAGGCCGGUGGACUGGCUCCUCGGACAUCAGGACUCUAUAUGCAAAGACUGACUCGACCAGCUUCAAAAGGCUUGAUCCGGUGACUCUAGAGCCAAUUGGUCUGGUCUCACAGAAAAGCUUGCACCCUGAUCUGGACGGGUAUUUUUCUGCGUCUCAUGCUCGAUCCGACCCAGUCACGGGCGACAUGUUCAACUUCAAUCUCACAGUUGGUCAAACUUCGACCUACCGUAUCUUCCGUGUAUCUGCUUCCACCGGAAAGACCACAAUCCUUGCAACCUUCUCAGGAGUUCCUGCCUACAUUCACUCUCUCCUCUUAACCGAAAACUACGCCCUUUUCUGUGUCUGGAACUCGCAUAUAUCCCCGGUCAAGGUCAAACACAGCUUUGUGGAUGCGAUUCUACCAUACGAUACAUCCAAGCCUGCAACAUGGUACGUCGUGGAUCGUCAAGGAGACAAAGGCCUUGUCGCAACGUAUGAAAGCCGCGCGUUCUUCUGCUUUCACACAGUCAACGCAUGGGAGGAGUCUUCUCCAACCGACUCUUCCAAAAAUGAUAUCGUGGCGGAUCUUAUCACGUACGACAACCUAGAUUUUAUUCAUCAGGUACUCUAUGAGAACAUCGUAUCAACCUCUCCCAAGGCCAAAGAGCGCGUCCUCUCAACGCAAGAUCGCGAUCGUGGAGCGAUCACCCGAUUCCGCUUCCCGCUCAUUCUAUCCACCCCCAGCUCGCAGAUACACUCGGCAACCGUGGAAUGGAACGCAUGCAGAGAGCUUUCUCCAGAUCUACCGAUCGUAAAUCCCACUUGUGUUACUCGCAAACAUCGAUACUCAUACAUGAUUGUGAAUCGAGGCAAGUCGACUUUUUUUGACGGCAUUGUGAAAUUCGACGCCGAAACGAAACAAACCCUGCUGUGGUCCCAUCAUGCCCAAUCUCCGGGUGAACCUAUAUUUGUGGCUGACCCGGACGGUUCGAGCGAGGACGAUGGCGUUCUUUUGAGCGUGGUGCUCAAUGGGAGGACGGGCAAAAGCUAUCUUCUGUGUCUGGAUGCCCAUGACCUGUCGGAGGUGGGCAGGGCUGAUGUCAAUGGCCCGGUGGCGUUUGGGUUCCACGGUCAACAUGUUCCAGCCCAUGGGGUCCCAACGGGUGAUUACUGAUUUUGUUUGCGAAUGCUGAUAAGCUCUUGGUUAUUGUUCAUAAGUUGACCGAAUUUGAGAAGUCCAUUAGUAUGAUCCG